AUGUCUAGUGGCGAUGCUGGGGAUAACAAAAAUAGUAAUUACACUACCACAAAUUUGAAUCCGAUGAAAACUAUCGCAGAACAGGGUGAACGAUUAGUUAUUGAAAAUGCGUUUAUUAUAUCGUUUGAUGUUUUCUUACUGAUACUUUGUUUUGAUGUCCUAAUAGCUGUAAUCCUAAUUAAUUUCUUAAUGGCUGGAUACGCGUUAACUGAAAUCAUCGACAGCCGUCUUUUUCUAUCACGGAUAAUAUCAGCUGCAGCAGAUUACAAAGUCGACACCCAAAUAAGCUUCAAAUUCAAACACUUUUUUAUAGCAUACCUCUCGGUUUUAGCGUUUUUUCUGAUCGUGUUCACUUAUUUCGGGUAUAAACUGUAUAGAGAGUUUGAAUGGCAUGGGUUUCAUCAAACUGGGGCCGAUUCAGGAAUGCAAGCAAUGUAUAGAAACUAUUCGGUGUUUAGUCUGUUGGUUAAAUUGGAUUUCUUUUUUAUUUGGGGAUUCGGAAUUUUCUAUGCUUAUGAAAGCUACUUGAACUGGAAUAAAUCCGGUGACGCGAAUCCGACUGCAACAACUAUAUAUCUAACUGUGUUGGUUUUCCUGUUUCCGGUCAUCGCUACUUUGGGGUUCAUUGCGAUACGAAAAGAAAACAAAUCGUUAAUGUCUAUAUUUUUAGCAUACCUUUUUUUAAUACCUCCUGUUUUCAUUCUUGGAAUGAUUCAGACUCCGAUUAAACCGUGGGCACAGUUCAAAAAUCGUUCGCAGUAUAUAGAAAAAGGAUAUCAACAUCAUCAUAGAAGGAACAACAAUAAGGACAGGCCACAAAUGAUCUCUUUAUCGAGAUCACAAUCACCACUUCGAAGAGAGGAGGAAGAAGAGGUAACAUUGACAAUAACACCAUCCUCUGAUUCGAUAGCACAAGGACAACAAGUAGAACCACCAAAGAGAGAUAGUUCGGAGACAAUUGUUAGCGAUUCUGAGCGCAUGCAAUGGGAUUAA